AUGAUCUGCGGAGGAGAACCUGAACUUCGUUUUGUGCAACAUCCCUUAAUCGAACUAGAAGUUGAUAUUCCAAAAGAGGACAAAGAGGAAGAACUAACUCCAGAAAACGUGGACUAUGAAGACGAUGUAGAAUAUUUGAGAAGUUUAGACCCUAAAGAAUGGAAGUCACAAGAUCAUUACAAAGUCCUAGGUAUUCCAAAUAUAAGAUACAAAGCAACAGAUGACAUUAUCAAAACUGCCUACAGGAAGAAAGUCUUAAAGCAACAUCCUGACAAACGUAAAGCGCUAGGGGAAGAAAUAAAAACAGAUGAUGACUAUUUUACCUGUAUAACAAUGGUUUAUGAAACUCUAGGAAAUAUAAGUAGGAGAAGAGCGUACGAUUCUGUUGAUCUACAAUUCGACAAUGAUCUACCUUGUACUAGUGAUAUAAAAAAAGACUUUUAUAAAGCGUUUACGUAUUAUUUUGACUUAAACUCCCGAUGGUCUGAAAAAACACGGGUGCCCAAAUUAGGAACUGAAAAUUCGACAAAGGAAGAGGUGGAACACUUUUAUUCGUUUUGGUAUGAUUUUAAAUCAUGGAGGGAAUAUUCCUAUGAAGACGAAGAGGAUAAAGAUAAAUGUCAAGAUCGUGAUGAGAGAAGGCUCGUCGUGUUCAACGAAACAUUUGCCUCAUUAGGAAAUGGCGAAAAUAUUUGUGUUAUGUGGCACGAGUCCAUCAGAGGCAGAAGUGCAGCUGACGUGACUUGA